AUGAGUAAUGUUUUUGAUAAAAUUAAAAAGCAAAGAUCAAAAGAAUGCAAAGCAACAGAUUUUUAUGAGGUAAGAAAUAAAAAUGAUGAUAUUUAUGAGGUAGUAGAUGAAGAUGGGUAUAUCGAAAAUAAAAAAUCGUUGAAGAAUUUUAUAGUCGGAGGUGAAAAGGAUUUUGAUUCAAGUGAUGAUGUUAUAGUAGAAGAUGUUAAUUAUAAUUUUUUAAAAAAGAAAAUUAUAGAAAAAGAGAAUAAAGUAAGAAGAAAUAACUCAAUCGAUGGUUUUAUUAGAGAAAAAAAAAUUCAGAAAACAUUUUCUAGCAGUAAGCUAAGUAAAGAAGAGAUAAAUAAAACUAGAAAUAUAGAAAAAUUAAUAGAAGAAAAUACAACAUCAAGUGAAAGUGAAAGUGGAAACUUUAGAAAAAAAAGGAAAACAACUGAUUCAUAUGAUAAAUCUUAUAAUAGCAAAACAGGUUCUUAUAUUAAAAAUAAAAAUAUUAUAAAUAAUUAUAAUGAAAUGAAUGAUAUAACUGAAAAUAAAGAAAUUAAAAAAAUUGGAAAUAAUAUAUAUUCAUUUAAUGAUAAUAAAAGUAAUCCUUUUGAUAAAAAAGAAAAAAUGACAAACUUAUUUUCUUAUUCUAAAGAAAUAGAUUGUGAUUUUAAUUUAAAAAUAAAAAAAGAAGAAAAUAAAAAAGAAGGAGAGGGAGAAGGAAAAGGAAAAGGAGAAGAAGAAAGAGAAAGAGAAAUAGAAGGAGAAAUAGAUAAAGACAUAAUCGAAAAUAGAAAAAAAGAAAUUGAAGAAAGCGAUGAAAAUAAAGAUUUAAUUAAAAAUGAAGAUAAACCUCAAAUAAAGAGUGAAUUAGGCAACAAUAGAUCAAAUGAUUUAUUUUUUCAAAAUAAAAAGAAUGAUGAUAAUUAUAAAAAUAAUAAAAUUAAUGAAAAUGACUGUUAUAAUGAUUCUAUUAUAAAGGAAAUGAAUAUAUCACCUUCUUUUAUAAAUAUAGAUAAUAAUUUAUAUAAAGAAGAAGAUAAAGACAAUGAAGAUGAUGAUACAGAGAAUAAUGUAUCUACAAAUAUCUUAAAAAAUAAAUACGAUGAACUAAUAAUUAAUAAAGAAAAUGGUUUCGUAAAUGUAUAUAUUUUUGAUAUAUGUAAACAUAGAAAUAGUAUCAUAUUAUUUGGUAGGACUUUAACAAAAUUUAAGAAAUACAGGAGUAUAAGUAUAUAUAUAGAAAAUUUAGAUAGAUAUUAUUAUUUUUUAUUGAACAAAAACAAAAAAUAUAGAAAAGAUGGAGAAGAAAUAAAUUAUACUAAUGAAGAAUACAAGAUACUUAUCAUGACUGAUUUUAUAGAAGAAUUUAAAAAGGUAAGAGAAUUUCAUAAUAUAAAAGUGGCCAAAUACAAAUUAGUAAAAAGAAGAAACUUAAAUUUAAGUACGAAUGAAGAGGAGUUAUAUGUGAAGGUUCUAUAUUCUUAUAAUUAUGAUCCAAUAGAUGAAAGGUUUCAAAAAGGAGAUACUUACUCCUCUUUUUAUUGUUGUAACGAGGAUAUAAUAGAAAACUUUAUUAUAAAAAAAAAAUUUAAACUACCUUGUUGGGUGAAGAUAAAAGACUUAAAAAAAAAUUUUUCGAAUAAUUUAACUUACUGCUAUUUUGAUUGUAUAACAAGUGAUAAGAAAAAUAUUUUUUUAAUUGAUAAAAUAACUGACAAAAAAAAUGAAAAUAAGGGGAAUGAAGAAAAUAAUAGUAAUACUUCUACUACUAAUAAUUCUAUUGAAAAUGCACCGAAAAAAAUAGAAAAUAAUGUAAAUACCUUUAUUGAUUUAGACUUAAAUAAAAUUUUUAUUAAAGUAGUUUCUUUAUUAAAUGAAGAAAAUGUUCAUGAAAUAUUCAGCAUAACUAGUUUAGUAGAUGCAGAAGGAAUGAAGUAUAUUAAUUUCUUGGGUAUUUCUAGCAAGGCAAAUAAAAAAAUAAAUAAUAAUUAUAAUAAAAAUUACUGUAAAGUAUUUGAAAAUGAAAAAACAUUAUUAGAAGCAUUUCUUCAAAAAAUAAAAGCACUUGACAUAGACAUGUAUAUUGGAUAUAAUAUUCUAAACUUCGAUUUAGAAUUUUUAAUUCAUAGAUGCAAUGUUCAUAAUAUAAAUGCUGAUUUUUUAAGUAGAAAAAAAAAAUUAAAGAAAAAUGAAAAAAUGAAAGUAAAUAAAUUUAAUGGAACUAACAGUACUGGUUCUAUGUAUAACAUAAUUCAGAAUAUAAAAGGAAGAUUGCUUUUAGAUAUUUAUGUAUUAUGUAAAGAUUCAAUUAAAUUAACUAGUUAUUGCUUAGAUGAAAUUAUUGAUAAUGUAAAAAACAAAUAUCAGGAAAAAAGUAGACAACAACAACAACAAAAGAAAUCCAAUUCACCAAAUGUUUUUAAAGAUUUUUUAGUUAACAAUAUAAAUUUAAUAAAUUCAAGUAACAUUCAUUUUAAUGAUGCGAAAUUAAUUUUAGAGAAUCAUUUGAACGUAUAUAUUAAUAGCCAAAUAUUUUGUAUAAAUGAAAUUGUUAAUAUAUGUAAUGUUUUACAAAUAAUAGAAAAAACGAGAGAUUUAACGAAGCUAAGUGGUUAUAUAUGGAUGAGAAGCUUAUUAUGUUAUACUAGUGAAAGAAUUGAAUUUUUUUUACUUCAUGAAUAUAAUAAAAAAAAAUUCAUUACACCUAUUAUUAAAAAAAAGGUAAAAAAAAUAGAAAACAGUCAAUUAAAAAAUAAAAAUGUUUCUAAAUAUACAGGAGGUUUAGUGUUGGAUCCUUUAUGUGGUUACUAUGAUACCUAUGUUUUAUAUUUAGAUUUUAACAGUUUAUAUCCAUCUAUAAUUAUUGAAUAUAAUGUAUGUUUUAGUACUAUUAGGCUAAAAAGUCAUGAAAAUAAAAGUGAUAUUGAAGAAAAAGAGGAUGAAAAUGAAGAUGAAAACAUUGAAAUUGAAGAUUUUGAUAAAAGUAAACCAGGAAUUUUACCUUCCAUUUUAAAAAAUUUAGUUGAUAAAAGAACAUUCAUAAAAAAAUUAAUUACAAAUGAGAAAAAUAAAGAAAAAAAAGAACUAUUAUUAAUUCAAUCUUUGUCAAUAAAGUUAAUUAGCAAUAGUAUAUAUGGAUGUUUAGGAAAUACGAAUAACAGAUUUUAUGCCAAACAUAUAGCAUCAUAUAUAACUUUAAAGGGUAGAAAUUUGUUACAACUUACAAAGUUCAAAGUAGAAAAAGAAUUUAAUUUAAAAGUUAUAUAUGGUGAUACAGAUUCUAUUAUGAUUGAUACAGGAAUUAAAUCAAAUAACUUAAAUAAUUAUAAAGAAUCUAAUAGAUUAGCUCAUAUUAUCAAAAAUAGCAUUAAUAAAAAUUAUAAAAAAUUAGAAUUAGAUUUAGAAUGUAUAUUUAGUAAACUACUUUUACUAAAAAAAAAAAAAUAUGCAUGCGCUAAAGUAGUAGAUUCAAAUUUUGAAAAAUGUGAAUAUGAAAUGAAAGGUAUAAAUUUUAUUAAAAGAGAUUUUAGUAAAAUUUCAAAAUUAAUAGGUAAUGAAGUUUUAAAAAUUAUUUUUUCUAAUAAAGAAACUGAUGUAAAAAAUUCUUCACUACCUCUAGAAAAUGACUUAUCUGAACAAAUACAUGAAUAUUUAAGAAAUGUAAAUCAACGAAUAGAAAAUGAUGAGUUUGAUUUAGAUUAUUAUGUUAUAACAAAAAAAUUGACAAAAAAUGUUAACGAAUAUCAAGAAAAAAAUUCAUUAGGUCAUGUUCUUGUUGCUGAACGUAUGAUAAAAGAUGGCUACAAUAUAUGUGUAAACAAAGAAAUUCAAUAUUGUGUUUGCAGAAGUGAAGAUGCUUGUAAAUUUUUUAAUAAAAGUAAUGAAAAGUUAAGUAGUUCCCAAUGUUGUUUUAGUGUUAGUGAAAUAAAAAAAUAUGAUUUAAAGAUUGAUAAAGAAUAUUAUAUAAAAAAUCAAAUAUUAUCACCUAUAAAUAGAUUAUGUCAAUAUAUUGAGGGAACAAGUGCUGAAAAAUUAUCGUCUUGCUUUAAUAUUUUUGAUGUGAAAGAAAUAAAAACAGAUAAACAAAUAGAAGAAAAUUAUUUAGAAACAAAUGUUUUAUCUUUAUUAAAUGAAUCAGAAGAAAGAUUUAAAGAUAUCCAUUUAAAGGGAUAUUUAACAUGUUCAAAUUGUUCACAUAAUGUAAAACCAGAUAUUUUUAUUAAAUAUUUUAAAUGUAAUAAAUGUUUUACUUAUUUAUCUAUUGAACAAAUUCGUAAUUACAUUUUCUCUUUUAUACACCAUUUAUGUUCAACUUUCUAUAAACAGUUAUAUAUAUGCAAUAAUUGCUCAUUAAAAACGAAAAGAAUCCUUUUAAAAGAUUGUAAAAACUGUCCUAACAUAAAUUGCGAAAAUAAAAAAAGUUCAUUAAAGCCCCUUGUUUCAAAAAAAUAUAUUAACUUGAUAUUGGAAUAUUUUCUUUUUUUAUUAAAAGACAAUUUAAAAAAAAUACCUGAUAAAUUAGUGGCUAAAGAUAAAGAUGAAAAAAUACAUUACAAACAAAAUGAGAAUGGAAAUGAUGUGGAAACAGAAAUGAAUGUAAGAAAAAGUUAUUCAGAAGAAAAUUUGAAUAAAAAUUUAAAUGAAAAUAAAAAUGCAAACAAUAAUCAAGAAAAUGAAUAUGCUAAUGAUGUUAAUGUGUGUAUAUGCAUAGAUGAGGGAUUUAAAACGUAUAUUUUUAAGGAAGAUAAAAAUAAAAAGAAAACUUUAAAAAUUGAUAGUUAUGACGAUAUUUGCAAAAAUAAAGAAUUAAGUUUAAAUAUAACAAAAGGCUUACGAAUGAAAUACCCAAAUAUCUCCAAUUUUAUUUUAUAUUUAAAUUUAAAAAGUAAUAAUUUUUACAUAAACUAUAAUGAAGAAAGAGAUAUUAUAAGAAAUUCUAUCAAAAACAUUGUACAAAACAAUACGUAUUCACAAAUAUUUUUUGAUCAAGUUUUUUCUGUUUUUCAUUUAUCCUUAUCUUCAAAAAUUAAGGAGCUUUAA